AUGUUUGACUUUAUCGAAGAGCAACCGACCAGGCCGCACAGAGACAGGCGCGACAGUGGCAGACAGUCUUGGGGUCUGGGCAUAAAGCUCACCAACAACUCGAACAUAACCGACUUUGAGCAUGCGGCGGCCACCAUGGGGCUAGUAACCAGCCAGCGACAGCACGAGCAAGCCGACCCGCGACACAGCAUGCAAACAAGCCGCAACAGAACAAGCACCAUCUCGGACUCGCAACCGGCCACAGCAUACUCGUUUUUUAACAAACUAGCCACACAGGAGCAGCAGCAGUUCCAGACAAAAUCGCAAAUAGAAGACAUGCUUGAGUCAUUCUACCUGUCUCAGGGCCGCCAGGUACCCGAAUGGGUGCAUAACCCACCACCCGACCCGCCAGCAAAUCUCGAGGCGCGCAAUGCUAGCAACAUGUCAUUUGACUAUAACCCAGACGCUGUCAAUGCUGCUUCCAGCAGCAAGAUGGCCGCCGAAUCAUCAAAACCCAGUACGUCGGGCGUUAUCGGCAAGUCCUUCUCCAAACUAAACAUUGGAAAGCUACCACGGCCGCAAUUUUCCUUUGGACUACGCAGCACAUCAUCCGGUCCCAGCGAAAGCACCGGUGGCGGUGGUCGAGAAGGAAGCGGAAUGAGCACGGCAACAGGAGUGCAGCCGAGCGCCUAUGAAGUGGAUUCGACUCACCCAUGGGCUCAGAGUCCGUGA